UGUUAUUUACUUAUUCGUGAAAAUUACUGAAAAAGUUUUAUUUGUAACUUUAACGCAAAAACUAUUACUUAUUUUGAAAAUAAGCUGAAAUGCCGCAAGCUAGACGAAAAGUACCGUUUAGUGGUAAAAAGAAGAAAGAUCAACUAUUCCAGAAAAGGCAACUGAAAGGAAACCAAAAAUAUUUAAGAGUUCAGAAUGACGUAGACGACGAUGGUGAAACGACCGAGGACACGGAACUGUCAGUGCGUAAAUUAAUGUUAAAACCGACAACAAAUAGUCAAUAUUCCGCGCGCAAUAAAAAUGCUAAUCGUUAUAACUUAUGCUUUUAUCAAGAAUCCAAGCGGGAAUUAGAACGGUUGAAGCUGGAAGGGUUAAAAACUUAUCAAUCCGCACAACCAAAGCAAAGAGAAAUGGAUGCUGCAUUUUUUGAAGGUUACGAUUUCCCAAUACGCCCGGGAUGGAGUUAUCAAAUCAGUAAAAGCAUUUUGGAUCGAAAUGAGAACAAGUAUUUUAGAGAAUACAUCAGUAAAACGCAAGAGAAGCAAAAAACGGAAAACAAAGAUUUGUCUUUGUUUGAAUUGAACUUGGAAACUUGGCGCCAACUUUGGCGCGUAUUGGAGUUGUCGGAUAUUUUAUUAAUCAUCGUCGAUGUGAGAUAUUCGGCUCUUAUGUUUCCCCCGUCACUAUAUAACUACCUAAUCAAUGACGUAGGUAAAAAGGUUAUUUUAGUUCUCAACAAAGUUGAUUUGGUAGCCCCGGAAGUAGUGAUUGCUUGGCGGCAUUAUUUUCAAACAACUUAUAGUUCAUUGCCGGUAGUGAUUUUUGCUUCAAACCCUCCCCAAAACAAAAAAGGGAAUCAACAACGACGACGCAUGAAUUAUAAGCGCAGUAUUGAAGGGGUUUAUAAUAUAUUUAAAGAAUGUGAAAAAAUCGUAAAAUCUGACUUGGAUUUAUCGGAAUGGGAACAAAAAAUUUUAGAAGACAUGCCAAUAAAUGAUUACGAAAUUUUGGAUGAAGAUAACGAAAUCGUUGUCGAAAAAACGGAAGAAGAAUUAGAGAGUGUCGACGUUUUGGAGAAAUGGGAAAAAUAUCGUAAUAAAAUAUUGACACUGGGUUGUAUUGGAUUUCCGAACGUUGGCAAAUCUUCGCUGAUUAAUGCUUUGAAAGGCCGCAAAGUAGUAAGUGUAAGUCGCACUCCUGGCCAUACCAAGCAUUUCCAAACAAUUUUUUUAACUAAAUCGGUUCGUCUCUGUGAUUGUCCUGGUUUAGUGUUCCCAUCCUCUACGUCGAAAUAUUUGCAAGUUUUAUUGGGCAGCUUUCCUAUAUCUCAAUUGCAAGUGCCUUAUCGCUCCAUUCAAUUGAUGGCUGAGCAUUUGGAUUUACCCAGAUUACUAAAAUUGCAGUUGCCUGAAGACUACGAUGAGUGGUCACCGGUCGCUAUAACAGAAGCUUGGGCAUUGAAACGUGGCUUUUUAAUUGCUAAAACAGGGCGGGCAGACCGUUAUCGUGCCGCAAAUCAUUUACUACGUUGUUGUGUUGCCGGCCAACUACAAUUAGUUUUGCAAUUCUAUCCGCCCCAAUUCAGUGAACAAAGAGAAGAGUGGCUUAAACACGCGGAUAUAGAAGAUAUUAAGAAAUAUCAAAAUUUAUCAUCUUCAGACAUUCCGGAAAGUGAGGACGCUUCUUCAAUUAAUUCGGAAAGUGCUUAUGACUCAGAGAGAACUAGUAGCUCCAAUGACGAAACUAGUGUGAAUGAUGACGACAACGACGCCGCGGAAGAGUUGGAGGACUUAGCACUUCCUUGUACAUCUCGCAAUGCAUUUGCCGUAUUGGAGAAUGAAAACUAAUGAAAAGUAUUUUUACACCCAACUCAUUAUUUAUUUCAGUUUUAUUCAAAGUGUUUUCUCAUAUACAUAAAAACAUAUCAAGAAAAUUCAUUAUCUUCAUCUAUGAAGAGAUAUUUGUCGGAAUGAUCAACCAUAUCAUCCAAAGAAAAUAGUAUUUUUAUGGCUCUAAAAUAUUGAGGAAUCAAACCAGAAAUAUAAUAUCGUAUUGUGUCCAGCAAUAUGUUGGCUAAAUUCAGUCAUUUCAUAAACGCAUUUCUCUCGAAAAAUGUGAAUAGAGUUAAUAAUAAACGUUUUACAUACGUCAUUAAACGAGAAAGAAAUUAAUAAAAUAACACAUCCACACUUCUCUGCUGCGUCGAAGAAUAUUUUAUAUAUAUAAUGCAAAAGAAGAAAUAAAUCUUACUCAAAAAAUGCGUCUCUAUUUUUACACCCAUC